GGUCAGUUUACGGAUAGUCGAUAAGUAAGUACAUAGGCAGAGUCGUAUUGUGAUCCCAUCUUUUAGCUAGCCGCCCAUAUCAGUGAUUGCCUCUUCCGGAAGGUAUACAACCAGUCUUGGGGUAAGCCAAGAGCCAUAACCGUCGUUCAUGUAAGGUGCCGAAAACGAGGACUUAUCGUGAUAUGGAUGGUUUAUGAUCAAUCAAAGACCGGCCAGCGAGAUUGCUACCUAUUUCUCUCGGUAAAACCAUUAAUCGCCGCCGCCAUGAAGAGCUUUUGUCUACUAGCUGCGGCUACGCGCCUCGCGUCGGCGCAGUUCUGCGAACAUCAAUGGGAAGGCCGUUUUGCAGCGCCAAAGGCCGGCGAGGUCCGGGUGAGACAACAGGUCGAUCCGCCCCCUCUCGAUAUUCAGCCCCUCAUUAUCAAUGGCCCCUCUGAGAACCGAAUCGACCUCAUCUUCUUCGGCGACGGAUAUACUGAGGAUGAGAAAGACAAGUUCUUCGCUGACGCUAUGGCCCUUGCCAUGAACGUUACGAAUGGGCAGACGUUCGCGGAUGUAGUUCCUUUGAUGAACUUCUGGGCUGGGUUCUCCCCAAGUGCCGAGAGUGGCGUUGGUGUCGGUGGACAACCGUUGGAUACCGUCUAUGGGCUCUACCGCGAUGGCACUGAGCUGCGAGGCGUGUAUUAUGAUAAGCCGGACGUGGCUCACGCGGCUUGCGACUCGACGGACGCAUGCGACUACCCAAUUCUCCUAGGAAAUAAUCCGCUAUAUGGCGGAUUGGGUGGCGAAUUCACCGUUGUAACCGCCUCUCCCGUCAACGGGCCAGCUGUCCUCCGCCACGAGCUAGGCCAUUCCAUUAUCGACGUCGGUGAGGAAUAUGAGGGAGGAUACACCUACUUUGGCGUCAACACGGCCAAGAAUACUAGGUCCGUGCCGUGGACGCAGUGGUACACGGACCCGAGCAUUCAGCCCAAGAUCGAACGCACGAAUAUGCCGAUACAAGCGUAUCCAUGGACCCUGUUGAACACGACGGACAAGUGGAGCGCGACCUUCACGUCUGCCGGUACAUACGAUACCUACCUACUCCAAUUUUCGGUGAGCGGCAUGACAGCGAGCAGCGACUUGCGUGUCGAAGUGGAUGGGGAGGAUGUAGGUUGGGAGAUCAACCCGGAAGUAGGAGUAGACCGGUACAUCUACAACAUGAAGAUAAACUCAUCACUCAGCCCCGGUGCUCACGAGCUAUCCUUCACGUUGUUGAAUGAAGAAAUACAAGGGACCGCACAGCUAUGUAACCUCGAAAUACUCGAGUAUGGUGUCGCGGAAGAAGAAUUCAAUUUCAACCUGACAUAUCACGGUUUAUAUCCCACAUUCUCUGAUAAAAAUGUAACCUCUUACCGCCCCACCAACGACUACUGCACCAUGCGCAGCAUCUACUCGCCAAACUAUUGCUACGUCUGCCUCGAAGGGAUGUGGCUCGCGCUGCUCAAGCCCCUCUCACUCAUCGAUAACAUCACCCAGACCACGAUUCCCGACGGCUCGACGCAGGCUAGCCUUACCUUGCUGCCGUUGGCACAGUUUAGAGAGAUCCCGAUUCCGCACCAGGAGGCAUAUACGAUACUUUGGUACGGCGCUGAUGGGAAGACUGUCCUGGACCAGUGGACGAAUCAGACGACGGCGACAUUUGCGCCCGAUGUGAGGGAGUUUGGCGUCGAGGUUAGGUUCACGUCGGAUCAGAUUAGAGUUGAUAAGGGUGGUGUUACGGUGCAGAAGGAGAGAUACACGGUUUCGUAGAAUGUUAGUAGUGAUGUGAACGGGGGUCUCUGGUACAGGCUUGAGUCGGAGGUUGGAGGCAAGAAGCUGCGAUUUGAUAAUCCGCGUUGCCCAUUGUGCGCAUACCUACUGUCUUUAGAUGAUAAGAUCACAGCUGUAAUGCAUAAUGAAA